GCUAAAAUCAAAUUUUGCUUUUGAAGUUUGUUGUACAUGGAGCCCAAUAGUUGAGGCUACUUCAUCAUCAUUCCCCUUGAGGGAAGCUUCUUAGUCACAGUCCCCUCAGCCCUCUUCUUUUUCUCUGCACUCUAGAAAUUUUUUUUUUUUGCAUCCAGGCUGAGAGCCCCACCGAGUUUUAAAUCCAAGGAGCUGGAACUGUUUUGGGUUGGGGUGAAGUCACAUUCUGGACCCUAGACAGAGCAUUUUUAAGUUUCAGUGCCUGGAAAGGCAGCCUCCAGCCCCAGAUGUCAAGACCAUUUAGAACUGAAAGUAUCCUAACAUAUGCACAGCCAAUAAGCAUUAUUUAUGAUUCAGCCCGAAACUGAUGCUAAAAUGGGAGGAAAUGAUUCAAUUAUUUCCUCUUAAGGCAUUAUUAUUCAAUGUUGUUUUUAUGUUUAAAUAUUUAUUUGUCAACAUCAAGAAUUCUUAGUACAUGAUGCAUCAGCAUUUUUGAACAAGUCAUGAAUUUGGCUACAAAUCAAAUUUAGGAUGGGUGGAGUGGCAAAUUACAGGAUGUCUUUGAGUGUCUCCCCUUUAAAAUAAAAGAGAGUGGGUAGUCUACGAGGAGGGACUGGAGACCUUUUUCAAGACUGGAGACUAUUCUUAGCUCUGUCACUGACUCCAAGUUCAUCCCCUCUGUCUUUCAGUUUGGUUGAGAUACAGGCUAUUCUUCUCAACUCUAUCUUGGGGAGAGUCAUCAACUGCCUCAUGUAUGGUGACUUUCACUAUCAUAUGCCAUUGACUCACGGUAAUUGACUCAGAGUAAUCUGAGUAUUUGACUCAUGCCAUUGACUCAGCGUAAUCUGAACAACCAGUUGCCAACACUUGCUCUUGACUGAUAAACAGAGAAUGGGGCUUUGGAUCUUAGCAAUUCUCGCAAUUGUCAUGUCUUCCACAGCAGCGAAGUUUAGUAGACAGUCGUGGGGCCUGGAAAAUGAGGCUUUAAUUGUGAGGUGUCCUAGAAAAGGAAAACCUAGUUACACAGUGGAUUGGUAUUAUACACAAACAAACAAAAGUAUUCCUACCCAGGAAAGAAAUCAUGUGUUUGCCUCAGGCCAACUUCUAAAGUUUCUACCAGCCAAAGUUGAUGAUUCUGGUAUUUAUACCUGCAUUGUCAGAAGUCCUACAUCCAACAUGACUGGAUAUGCAAAUGUCACCAUAUAUAAAAAGCAGCCAGAUUGCAACAUUCCAGAUUAUUUGAUGUAUUCAACAGUAUCUGGAUCAGAAAAAAAUUCCAAAAUUUAUUGUCCUACAAUUGACCUCUACAAUUGGACAGCACCUCUUGAGUGGUUUAAGAAUUGUCAAGCUCUUAAAGGAUCAAGGUACAGGGCGCACAAGUCAUUUUUGGUCAUUGAUAAUGUGAUGCUUGAAGACGCAGGUGAUUACACCUGUAAAUUUAUACACAAUGAAAAUGGAGCCAAUUAUAGUGUGACAGCGACAAGGUCCUUCACGGUCAAGGAAGAGCACGGCUUUUCUUUGUUUCCAGUAAUCAGAGCCCCUCCACACAAUGAAACAAAGGAAGUGGAAAUUGGAAAAAACGUAAGCCUAACUUGCUCCGCUUGUUUUGGAAAAGGCACUCAGUUCUUGGCUGUCGUCUUGUGGCAGGUUGCUGGGAAAAGUAUUACAGACUUUGGUGAAGCAAGAUUUCAACAGGAGGAAGGGCAAAAUCAAAGUUUCAGCGAUGGGAUGACUUGUCUAAACAUGGUUUUAAGAAUAGCUAACAUGAAGGAAGAGGAUUUAUUGCUGCAGUACGACUGUCUGGCCCUGAAUUUGCACGGCUUGAGAAGGCACACCAUAAGACUCAGUAGAAAAAAUCCAAGUAAGGCGUGUUUCUGAGACUUUGGUCACCUGAGCUUUCUGUGGCAAGUGUAAGCAGAAUGGAGUGUGGUACCAGGAGAUCCGUGAAGACAAUGGGAAUGGACUGUGCUAUAAAAUGGGCUUCUCUUCUUUGGAUGCUCUUUGCUAUCUGGUCUUCGUAGACUGUUUCUGUCUGCUGGGAGCUCCUCUGCUGCUUAAGUUCCUCCUCCUUCCCUGCUUUCUCUGCCGUUGGUUCUAGAACACUCAGCUGCUUCUUUGGUCAUCCUUGUUUUCUGACUUCAUGAACUCCUUCUGCCUCACUGUAUGUGAAGAAGUUGCAGCAACGGUGAACUCGUUGUGUUCUUCUGUGCUCUGGGAUAACUUCUGUUACAUGUUGUAAGCAUGCUCCCUUCUAUACCUUUUUCUGGUUAUAAUGAAUACAUGUUUUGUUAGUGAGGACGGUAAAGUGAACAAAAAGCGGAAGUAUCUAACCACUGCCAUUUCAGUGAGAAAAUCCUGGAUGCUACUCUAUCAUAAGACAUGCUGUGUUAGGCCAUUGCAUUGCUAUGAAGAAAUGCCUGAAACUGGAUGAUUGAUAUGAAAAGAGGCUUUAAUGGCUCAUGGUUCUGCAGGCUGCAUGGGAACCAUGGCAGCACCUGCUACUGGGGACACCUCAGGAGCUCUACUCAUGGCAGAAGGCAAAGCGAAGGCAGGCACUUCACACGGUGAAAGCAGGAAUGAGAGAGAGAGAGAGAGGUGCCACACUUAAACAGCCAGAUCUCACAAGAAGUCACUCACUACUGCAAGGACAGCAUCAAGGGGAAGGUGCUAAACCAUUCAUGAUGAGCUUACCCCCAUGAUCCAAUCACCUCCCACCAGGCUCCACCUCUAAUACUGGGAUUACCAUUCAGCCUGAGAUUUGGGCAGGAACACAGAUCCAAAUCACAUCACAACGGUUAUCAUUGUCAAACUGUUAAAUAUAGGUGAAACACAUGGGAAGUCUGCUAGCUCAGCCCAUUUCUUUCCCGCAUUUGUUAUUCACCAUGCAAUUCUGGUACCGCCUAUUCCAGGGAGGCUUUCUUGGCCCUCAGUUUGGGGUAUACACACCUUCCAAGAACCUCUUGCAGCAUCCCAUUUGUAUCAUAGCACUGGUCACAUUGCCUUACCAAAAUCUGUUUGACAGUCUGCUCAACAGGACUGCAAGCUCCAUGAGGGCAGGGACAUCAUCUCAUUCAUCUUUAGGUCCUUAGUGCAACACCUAGCAGCUAGCAAGUACUCAGUUAAAUAUUUGUUGACUGAGUAAAUGAAUACACAACCAAGAUAUUGAUACAAAAUAUUUUUUAGUACAUUUCUAGUUCUCUAGCUAUAAGGCUUAAUUAUAGAACAAAAUACUAUUUUCAUAUUUAUGUUUGGCAAAUUCAAUAACUUUCCUCAUCAAUUGGAAAGCCAAAUUGUUUAUUACUUCUUAUAGUUUUUCUUCUGUAUCCAGCAGGUUUUUGAUAACAUUAUUAUAAUAUGACACAAUAAAAGGAUAAUGUGAAACUGAUGAAUCAUCAUUGGGUUAAUUUCAGACGCUAUAAAAUCUUUUUUUUUUUUUUGAGAUGGAGUUUUGCUCUUGUUACCCAGGCUGGAGUGCAAUGGCGCAAUCUCGGCUCACUACAACCUCCGCCUCCUGGGUUAGGCAAUUCUCCUGCCUCAGCCUCCUGAGCAGCUGGGAUUACAAGCACGCACCACCGUGCCCUGCUAAUUUUUUGUAUUUUUAGUAGAGACGGGGUUUCACCAUGUUGACCAGGAUGGUCUCGAUCUCUUGACCUCGUGAUCCACCCUCCUCGGCCUCCCAAAGUGCGGGGAUUACAGGCUUGAGCCACUGCGCCCAGCUUAUAUAAUCUUUUUAAAUGUAACAUUCUUUUAUCUAUACAUAAAUAAUUGGUGGCAUCACAAAUAGCCAAAGCAGGGUGGAGAGAGUGAUCCCUCUUGGGUGUACAUAGAAGGCGAUAUGUUUGUCUACAGAGUUUUCAAAACUGUACUAAAGAUGGCUACAAGUCAUUGUGCUUUUUAUUAUUACUAUGCCCAGACAAUGCAAAACAAUGUCUGAGAUGAAGUGCUCCUCCCGCAGAGGUGGACUGAUCCUUCCCCACUCCCUUGCUGUGUCUCUGAUUGCAAUGUUGUCUUGGAAAAUAGCUUUCCAGGCAGUUCACUCCUGAUCACUUGCCAGUUUCCUCACUUAUUCUUUGGGUUUCCUGGCAAUGACAUCCUGUUUGCUAUAGGAAGCAUUGGAUCCCAUAUACAAGGAAGGAGAGAUAAAUAUAUUUUUACACUUAUCCCUCCUUAGGGGCUGUACAACCAUGUAGAAAUUGUUUAAUGUGCUUGUCGAAUAGCCAAAGAAAGUGUUAAACCCUGAGUUCCCACCCAUACAUGUGAUAGGGUCCAGAUUUAUCUGGAUACACACAGAGAGGCACAACAGGAGGAGAAAUGUUUGAGGUGUGGGAUCAGGGGACACCCAAUAUGAUUGAAUCAUAGCAGGUCUCUGCCUGAGGUGGUAUGUGGGGCUUUUCUUGUUUUCAUUUUGACUUUAACCCCUGAUUCGUAAGGUUUUCAUAAAAUAAACAGAGUCAUAACUCACGUAGAUGGCUGUAAGUGCCAUAGUGUUCUGUGAAUCUCUGGUGUCUGCCAGUGAUAAGUGUGGCACCCCAGGAAGGCUGUGGAUCCCAUCAAGGUGCUAUGUGAGGCCAUACUUUGGGUGGUGAUGGGCCCUGUGGACCCUCCAGUCAUCCAUCCAGCCUGCCCAGCCACACUGCCCUUGUGUCCUCAUGCUUUGCCGUGUUAUCAUUGAUUAACAUCCUUGGUUACCUAUGUGUUGAAAUUGUUUUUAUGUUGCAGGUAUUCAGUGUCUUUGCUCCUUCUAGCUUAUUUGUAUUUCACCUGUUUUUCUUUAAAUCAACAUGGUUACACUCUGUUUCAGCAACUGCAUAAAUUAAACAAAAAUUAUUACUACUGCU